AUGGGAGGCGUCGAUCUCUUGGACUCUCUUAUUUCGCUUUAUCGUCCCUACCUCAGGUCGAAGAGGUACUACUUUCGUGUUUUUGUUCACAUUCUUGACUUGACGGCAGUCAAUGCUUGGUUACUGUACAAGAGAAAUGCCAUGACUAACCCCGAUGAGCACAGAGGAAGGCUCCUUCCCUUGGCAGAAUUCAAGAUGAGCCUGGCUACGUCGCUCUGCAAGGCUGGCAAGACGCAGCUCAAAAAGCGAGGUAGACCUAGCAAUGGAUCAGUGGAACAAGGCAUCCAGAUGAAGAAAAAAAGGGGACCAUCAGGGCCGACCCCAACUCAGGAUGUCAGGCUAGACCAGGUUGGUCACUGGGUUCUUUGGAGCCAGAAGCGCCAGCGCUGCAAGUUUCCUGGCUGCACCGGAAUUUGCAUGACUUACUGUUCGAAGUGUGGAAACCACCUCUGCACAACAAGCAAAAGCAAUUGCUUCCAUUUGUAUCACACCACAACAUGAGUACAUCCACUGAUCGUUACAGGCCAAUAAAUAGUUCAGUGUGGGUCGCACUGAGCA